UCAACUUCCCAUCGUCAACAAAUCCAUUUUCCAUCCACGCAAAACUUUCGACACAAGUUACUCCAAAAUUCUUCAUUGAAUUAAUUCAUCAACUUCCUUUUUAAUUUUAUACCAUCUUCAUCAUGACCGGAGGAAAAUCAGCUGGGGGAAAGGCAGGCGCAACAAAGAACGCACAAUCGUUAGUAGCAUUUCCCUCCUUUCACUCACACUUUACGACUUGUUCAAUUCGGCUUUUCACCCUCUUAUCAUAAAUCCAUUUCCGCGGUGCAUUUUCAAUCCUGAAUUUUCAAUGCUAAUUUUUAUCCCUCCAGCCGUUCUUCCAAGGCUGGUCUCGCAUUCCCAGUUGGUCGUGUCCACCGUCUUCUCAGAAAGGGUAACUACGCUCAGCGUGUUGGUGCUGGUGAGUCAUGCAUUCGAAAUAUUCUGCUUUUCCAUUUCUGACGCGUCUUUACCAGGUGCCCCCGUCUACCUUGCCGCAGUUCUCGAGUAUCUCGCGGCUGAAAUCCUUGAGUUGGCUGGUAACGCUGCUCGCGAUAACAAGAAGACCCGUAUCAUCCCACGUCAUCUCCAACUCGCCAUCAGAAACGAUGAGGAGUUGAACAAGCUUUUGGGACAUGUUACAAUUGCACAAGGUGGUGUUUUGCCAAACAUUCAUCAAAGUAAGUUUUCCGAAACACUGUUUGCCAAAUGACAUUUUCUAACAUUCUUUUAGACCUUCUUCCAAAGAAGACUGCUACCAAGGGUGCCGGUGGAAAGCCUGCCAGUCAAGAGCUAUAGAUUUUCGUUUCUGGGGUGUCGGCUUGAGAUGGUCUGCUUUUAUGAUAAUGGGGUGUCGUAUGGGUUUGGGUUUAUGGUUACUUUUUCGCGUUCCGGUUGUACAUUAAAAUCCAUGGCAAUGGAUUAGGAUUGCUUUCUGAAUCAAUCUUAUGAAUGAAAUCCGAAUGAUCAUUCUUCAUCAUCUUCCGAAUUAC